UUUCAUAACAUAUUUUAGCUAGCUAUUGUUAUUUUUAAAGUAAUUUAUGAGCAUGGACGACUCAGAAAGUGGAUACAAAUGGUUGCGACACACUAUUUUGUUGUGUAGUUUUGGAUUUUUCACCCACCUAGUACCGUCAGAAGCAUUUAUAACCCCAUACCUGAAAGGUCCUCACAAAAAUUUGACAGAUCAAGAGCUUGUGAAUCAGAUUUUUCCGGUUUGGUCAUAUUCGUACACCGCUUUUCUUAUUCCAGUAUUCUUACUGACUGACUAUCUACGAUACAAACCUAUAGUAAUACUGCAGGGAUUGGGGUUCAUCGGAUCCUGCACCUUACUGGUGUUUGCAAAAGGAGUUCCAAUGAUGCAAUUAAUGCAAGUUUCUUACGGACUCGCAACUGCGUGUUCUAUAGGGUACUACUCUUACAUAUACAGUGUUAUUGAUCCUGAAUAUUACCAGAAAGCUACAUCAUAUGUGCGAACUUCAACUAAAGUUGGACUCUUCAUUUCGGCUUUGCUGUCUCAAUUACUAGUAUCUUUGGCUCGCCUGGAUUAUUACUACCUGAACGUGAUUUCAUUGAUCAACGUUUCAAUUGGCUUUGUGAUAUCUUUGUUUUUGCCUUUCCCAAGUAGAAGUUUGUAUUUUUACGGCCAGAAUGAAGCUGUCAAUAGCAAAAUUUCAACGGAAGGUGGAAACAGGUUACUGGAAAUCACAGAUCCUGGAGAAGAGCAACUUGAAAAGGAAACGCAAGGAGGUAAAAGAAGUCAACAGUCUGUAUUUUCCAGCUGGAAAACAGUUUUGCACCAUCUAUUGGGUGACAUACGACAAUGUUAUUCAAAUUCCCACCUCCUACGAUGGUCAAUAUGGUGGGCAUUGUCAACUUGUGGGUACAGUUUCGUAGUAAACUAUAUUCAGAACUUAUGGGAAAUAAUAGCACCUAGCCAGGGAAAAGAAUCGGGUGUGUACAAUGGUGCAGUAGAAGGCGCUGCACAAAUUCUAGGCGCUGCAGCUGCAUUCUCGGUUGGAUACAUCAAAGUGGAUUGGAAAAAAUGGGGUGAAAUGUUUUUGGGGUUUGGUUCAGUUAUAAAUGCGGGACUUCUUUUUGUAAUGUAUAUGACAAGUGAAAUACUGAUUUGCUACGUUGCAUACGCUAUGUUUAUAGGGCUCUACAACUUCGUCAUAACUAUUGCACAAUUUCGAAUUGCCAUCGGACUGUCCACGGAACGUUUUGCUCUUGUGUUUGGGAUAAAUACAUUUGCUGCAGUUGUUUUGAAUUCAAUAUUAACGUUGAUAAUUGUAGAUGAUGCUGUACUGGGUUUGGACGCCAAAACGCAGUUUUUAUUUUAUAGUAUCUAUUUCGCUAUCAUUGCUGCUGCAUAUCUGUGUCAUGGCGGAUAUAAUUUGCGCAAACAAUGCCAUAUUCAACAAGACAGAAAUCUAGAUGUCGCGGAAGAACCAACAAUUGAUGACGAAAAGUUGUGAAUUUCUUCUCAGGAUGCCAGAAAAAUUUGCCGGCGCUGUUAAAUGUAUUUGUUUCUAUUAAUUUUUAUUCAAAUGUGCUUUAAAUUGUGAAAGUUUUCAAUAAAUGCCACAUAUAUUAUUUCAGAGUUGCCUGAAGCGCAAAAAUUAUCUCAGUUAGCAGUAUAUAUUUAUUGAUGGA